UCUGGUUAUGAUUAUCAGCAGGCGACUUGGAAGUUAUAUGAGAGACAGGCAACUUACCAGACAACUCUAGUCAAGAUGAUGGAGAAUUUCCUCUAUAGUCUUGAGGAUGAUUUCCUGGAUUUCUGUGAGCCAAUGGACUAUUGUGAAGAUCUCAGCUCGCCAUGCUCAAAUGAAUCAGAUCAAGAAAACCAUAACUUUUUGCAAUCAGACAGGCGACUUCUAAAGGCUCCAGUGAAGAAAGUACAGCAACGAAAGGCUGCAAAUCUUCGUGAACGUCGUCGAAUGAAAUCCAUAAAUGAUGCAUUCGACCAUCUGAGAACUUGUAUCCCUGCAACAGUUAACGCUGACAGGCGUCUAUCUAAGGUCGACACGCUCCGGCUGGCCAUCAGGUAUAUCGGCUACCUGGGGGAUCUUGUCACAACCUACGAUGACUACGGCUUGGACUCUCAGUAUUCCAGGAAUCACAAAAGCCAGGAAAAAGUUAUUCUACGGUGCCAGUUCACAGAUGAUGACAGCCAAGACGGUUCAACACUGAUUGGCCACUCCUUGUCAUGGUCAAAUGACAAUACACCAAAACCAACAGAAAACAAACUGACAGCUAAAAUCUGGAUGCCAGAAAAUCCAACGGAAUCUGACAUCAUCAACCUUGCCAACUAUGCGUCAGACUAUGCGUCCUGAUGACGCGCUCAUCUGAAGCGCUGAUCCAAAUACAACCUUGCAAUACCAAUACUACUGAAGUUUCUAUCCCUGGUGCUAAACAGAUUAUCCAAGUCUUAAGCUCCCAUGACUCAGGAAAGAGAGCUUUCACCAAAGCAUGUACCUGAGUCCACUUUCAUACUGUCAUGUGUAAGACUUGAUGUAUAAACUUGUACGAGCAUUGUUGUAUACCGGAGACAGUAUUUAAAUAUUGUUGUUGGCUGCUGGCACCAUCGUGUGUGUACCCGUGCCUUUAUGUGUGCGCGUGUGUGUAUAAUUAUCCAGGUCCAGAUAGACCGAGUUCGACUGCAGGCAGUUGAUGUUUUUUACUGUAGUAUCCCUACUGCGCAUAUUACUUGGAGAGGGUUGGGGGGUCAUAUUUUUAGCUGCGAGUUAUGCUUGCGGGCGUUAUAGUGCUGUUUCAGGAAAAGAACAUUCACACUGACUUACUAUUUUAUUAUCUGUGUUGCUGGCCAACGGGGAUUAACAUAACACUCAACAGUUCAAAGCAUGUAGCCAUUACAUGGUAACCUUUGCAUGUAGAUUCAGUGUAAGGCCUGAUAUUCUAUGGCAGAUCACUGAGAACAGUAGAUAAACGGGAUGAAAUGUUCAGCUGCAUUUACAUGAACGAGUGAAAGACGUUGAUAUGUUUGAUAAUGUUUACUUACACAACGUUAUUUUUUGCAAAGCUAUUAUUAAAAAAUCGUUACUUGUUUGAAAUAAAUAUUGCUUAUUUCAUGA